AUGACAAAGUCAAAAAACUCACUAAAUUACAAGCCAAAGAGUUUCCGGAAGAAGGCCGCCGUUAAUCCAAGUUCAGCAGUCCUUCCGGUUUCCAUGUAG